GUUACCCAGUGAGGAGAGGGGGACGUCUCAAUGCACUGUGCAAACAUCCUACUUGCUAUAUACCCAUCAAAAACAGGUGUUGUCAAUCACAAGACUGGCGGGAUUAUGGAAACGCACUCAUUAUUAUUUUCUCUGAAGAGCAGCUCUUGAGUAAAGAAAGAUGAUGAGAAUAUUUGGACAGGUCUUAUGUAAGAGAGGUUUUCGUAUCCUAGAAUUGUAUAGGCGUCAUGUAUCCGACUGCACAGUCACGUGGACACAACAAGCGUCCAUAUGUCAAGAAGAGCAACGCCUUCACCUGAAUGAGCCUCUCUCACAGAUGCCCUAACUACGUCGACCGGCCAUGGUUGUAAUAUUUACUAUUGAUUGGCACACUAUGAGGUGUUCAAUCUGAAAAUCAACUCUUCGGCAUAUACACGUAGUUCUAACCUGACCAUCCGUAUGCGAAUGGGAUUCUGUAUGAAAAUGCGUGUUGGAGAUGUAGGCUAUUUCUAAAGGAACCUUCAACUAUUCUGAACAUCAGCACAGAAGGAGCUUUUACACUGUGAACAAUCAACCAGCACAGCCAUGGCCUCCCUCGGUGGUCUGUUGCCAAGGGGAACAGUCCUUGCUGAACGAUAGAAAUAUAGAGUUAAGGAAAGACGGAGAGACAGAGCAGCCUUGAGGUACAGAAGAAGAGAUGGUCGUCACUGACAGGAGUUCGAGCACUCCUGUGCCCAAGAAGCAGGAACCGAAGAAGAAGAGGAAGUCCCGCCCCCAUGGCCUGCCCUCCCCAGCAUUGUGCUGCGCAUGCGGCCUGUGCAUCAUGCUGGCAGGCAUCAACAUCACCCUGGUGGGGGCAUUCGCCUUCAGCACCUUGGUGCCCUCUGCCAACCCUCCCAUCAUCAUAGGGCCCAUCCUGCUCCUGGUGGCCUUCUCUUUCUUCGGAGCGUGCUGUGUCUGCAGCCGCCUGCCCCCCGCCCAGGGCUCCCGGAGAUCGAAGGUGGGCGGGAGGAGCAUGGGAAUGAUGGGGCGGGGAGGUUUAGCUGGGGGAGCGACGUUUGAGAUCGAGACAAGUGAGCACACUUUGCAGGACACCACGGCAGUACAGCUCAGCCCCUCGGCUUCACCGGGGUCAUCACGGGCGUCCAGCCCCGAGCGGGAUGCUCCUGACCCCGCCCCCCCAGGGACCUGCAAGCUCUUCACCAUGGAGACCAAUGGCCCCACCUCCGCCACAGCCUACUACUCUGCCGCCUCGGCCGGGGGAGGGGCUGUGAGGCUCAACCUGCCACGUGAUGAUAUGGCCACCUAGCACAGCCCUGACUUACGCACUGAAGCAAGAGCUUCAUGCCCCAGGGGACUGAUGCAAAACUAUGUAAAUAUGAACUAGGAUUGAUGAUAUACAGACAAUGUUUCAGUGUGUCUAGCCAUUUUGUGUAGUGCCAUUUUUCAUGUUUAUGACAAGCUAUCAGAGUUUUAUUGCAUUUGUUUUUGUUUUUUUCCAACAGCCAAACAGUAAUUAGCAUGCAAUUCAACGUUGAAGGAACGUGGGUGACGGUUUUGUUUGAAUUGAUGUUCCUACCUCCUCAGAACUGUUCUCUUUAGAAUCCUCUCUUAACAUGCAUGGGGCAUUAUUAUAAGCAGUUUCUAACCAGAAAGCAAAAUGAGGGAAUUGAAGCGUUUUCUCUGUGGCAUUUCUGAGGGGUAAAACAAAGUGAUGUGUCCCAUUUCUUUGACCGUCUGGACCUCAGUGAUGGACAUUUCAGCCGAUUACUCUGACGCAACUUUGUUGUUGUUGCCAGAACUGAAAGGUUUGACACGAAAUGGCAAUGAGUUUAAUGCUAUCAUUUAAAUACUUAGUGAUGUUUGACAUUACAGUAUGUGCUGCUUUGGUCUUAAAUUAGAUUCAAAGAUGGGGUCGCAAGAUUCCUUUGCAAUAUAAUCUCAACUGAAAGGAUCAGCAACAGAGGACUAAUAUGAAUUUUUCCUCAAUUGUUUCUACAGACAAAACAUUAUGGAUGAUAUGCAGUGUACAUCAGUGGUUGGCAACAAGUGGCCUGCGGGCCAAAACUGGGUCGCAAGUGAUUCGUUUUUUGGAAUCAGAAUUUUUACUACAAACAUAGAAAUGCGCCAUUUUCACAUACAGUGGCAAGAAAAUCCUUUGGAAUUACCUGGAUUUAUGCAUAAAUUGGUCAUAAAAGCCACAACAAUAAACAAACAGUCUGCUUAAACUCAUAAACAAUUAUACGUACUCAUGUCUUUAUUGAAUACACCGUGUAUUUUUUUUUUAAUACCUUUUAUUUAACUAGGCAAGCCAGUUAAGAACAAAUUCUUAUUUUCAAUGACAGCCUAGGAACAGUGGGUUUAACUGCCUGUUCAGGGGCAGAACAACAGAUUUGUACCUUGUCAGCUCAGGGGUUUGAACUUGCAACCUUCCGGUUACUAGUCCAACACUCUAACCACUAGGCUAAGCUAACCACUUUACGAAACUGUUUCAGUUCAGCAAUAUUCUUGGGAUGUCUGGUGUGAACUGCUCGAUGUCAUGCCACACCAUUUUAAAUCAGUUUGAGGUCAGGACUCUGACUGGGCCACUUAAGGUAUAUUUUCUUCUGUUGAAGCCAUUCUGUUGUUGAUUUACUUCUGUCUUUUGGGUUGUUGUCCUGUUGCAUCACCCAACUUCGCUUGAGCUUCAAUUGGGGGACAGAUAGCCUUACAUUCUCCUGCAAAAUGUAUUGAUAAACUUGGGAGUUCAUUUUUCCGUCGACGAUAGCAAGCUGUCCAGGCCCUGAGGCAGCAAAGCAGCCCCAAACCAUGAUGCUCCCUCCACCAUACUUUACAGUUGGGAUGAGGUUUUGUUGUUGGUGUGUUGUGCCUUUUUUUCUCCACAGUUGUGUGUUCCUUCUAAACAACUCAACUGUUUCAUCUGUCCACAGAAUAUUUUGCCAGAAGCGCUGUGGAACAUCCAGGUGUUCUUUUGCGAACUUCAGACACGCAGCAAUUAUUAUUAUUAUUUUUUAAUUCCGUGGUGUCCUCCCAUGAAUAACGUUCUUGUUUAGUGUUUUACGUUUCAUAGACUCCUCAACAGAGAUGGCAUGUUCCAGAGAAUUCUGUAAGUCUUUAGCUGACACUAGGAUUCUUCUUAAGCUCAUUGAGCAUUCUGCACUGUGCUUUUGCAGUCAUCUUUGCAGCCACUCCUAGGGAGACUAGCAAGAGUGCAGAAAUUUGUCUUACCGUGGACUGAUUUUAGAAAAUGUUGUAACCCUUUCCAGCUUUUUGCAAGUCAACAAUUCUUAAUCUUAGGUCUUCUGAGAUCUCUUUUGUUUGAGGCAUGAUUCACGUCAGGCAAUGCUUCUUGUGAGUAGAAAACUCACAAAAUGUGAGUUUUUUUUUAUAGGGCAGGGCAGCUCUAACCAACAUCUCCAAUCUUGUCUCAUAGGUUAGCUGACUCCUGACUCCAAUUAGCUUUUGGAAAUGUCAUUUGCCGAGGGGUUCACAUACUGUUCCCAACCUACACUGUGAAUGUUUGAAUUAUGUAUUCAAUAUAUUUUGUGUGUUAUUAGUUUAAUCACUCUGCGUUUGUCCAUUGUCUAUGAAGAUCAGAUCAAAUGUUAUGACUAAUUUAUGCUGAAAUCCAGGUAAUUCCAAAAGGUUCACUUACUUUUUCUUGCCACUAUGGUGAUGUUGGGGGUAGUGCUGGACAUGAUUUAAUAUGUUCCGUUAGGUAUAGCCCUAUGUCUAACAUGGACAUCACACCAAGAUCCAAACUGCUUUAAUAUUGAUUCAGAAGAUUGAACAUGCUUUGAUUUUCUAUACAGAAUAAACUACUUCUUUCUUGAACUGCAUUGUUGGUUAAGGGCUUGUAAGUAGCAUUUCACGGUAAGGUUUUAUUUGGCGCAUGUGACAAAAAGUUUGAUUUGAACUAGAGUUUACCAUGUCCCAGCCAAGUAUUUUGUCAUAGCCUAAUAUUUGUAUUUCAUGUGAGGAAAGUCAACUCCCCCUACAGGGAGUGGGCUUGUUGUAAAUGUGUGUAGUGUCAAGAUGUAUGUAAACUAUCAAUGUUGGCCAUGUAUUUCAAAAUGUAUUCUGGUUUGAUAACAUCUUUAACAAUGUAUAUUUUUUGAAAAUUAAAUUGACUUAAUUUGAUAACAAUACAUGUGA